GUAGCGGGUGAAAGGUUGUGACCGGUUAGAUUUUACCAGCGAUGAUGAUUCCUGGGCUCUUUGGUUGUGCAGCUUCGCGGUUUGUCAGGACUUUCAGUGUUUUCCGAGCGGAUUACCUUGUGCGAGGAAAGCACAGUUCUUGUGAUGUGGCCAUUGUUGGAGGAGGAAUUGUUGGACUGGCAUCUGCUCGAGAACUUAUACGCCGGCAUCCUAAAUUGAGCUACAUCCUACUGGAAAAGGAAAAGGAAUUGGCUUUCCACCAGAGUGGACACAAUAGUGGAGUUAUUCACAGUGGAAUUUACUAUACUCCAGGGUCUUUGAAGGCCAAACUCUGUGUGCGAGGUGCUCAACUAAGCUAUGCAUAUUGUGAGGAGAAAGGUAUCCCUUAUAAAAGAUGUGGUAAACUUAUUGUUGCUGUUGAACGAGAAGAAAUCUCAAGACUAAAGGCAUUGUAUAAACGUGGACUACAGAACAAUGUCCGAGACCUGAAACUUAUUAAUGCGAAGGAAAUUCAGGAGCGAGAGCCCUAUUGUAAAGGUUUGUUGGCUUUGGAUUCUCCAAAUACAGGCAUUGUAGAUUGGAGAGAGGUGGCCCUGUCAUAUGGAAAAGAUUUUUGUGAAAUGGGUGGGACUGUUAAGACACAAUUUGAAGUAACUGACUUUCAACUAACUAAGGAAAGUCCUGCAAGUUCCACAGAUGGUCUAAAAUAUCCAAUUACAAUCAAGAGUUCAAAGGAACCUGUAAUACAUUGCAGCUAUGUUGUGACAUGUGGUGGUCUAUAUUCAGACAGGCUGUCCCAGAAAUCUGGCUGUAGUGGUGAGCCACGAAUAGUGCCUUUUCGGGGAGAUUACUUGGUGCUAAAACCUGAAAAACACUACUUAGUCAAAGGCAACAUUUAUCCUGUUCCAGAUCCAAAAUUUCCUUUCCUUGGUGUGCACUUUACACCCAGAAUGGAUGGUAGUGUCUGGCUCGGACCCAAUGCAGUUUUGGCAUUUAAACGGGAAGGUUACAAUGUUUUUGAUUUUGACCCAUUUGAUUUUUCAGAUGCCAUAACGUAUAGUGGGGUCCAAAAACUUAUAUUGAAAAAUAUAACUUUUGGCUUAAACGAAAUGUAUAGAGGAGUUGUAAUUGGUGCCCAAGUGAAACAGCUUCAAAGAUACAUACCAGCACUCACUGUCGACGAUGUCACAAGGGGACCAUCUGGAGUGAGAGCCCAAGCCUUGGACAAAGAUGGCAAUCUUGUGGACGACUUUGUGUUUGAUGGAGGUUCUGGUGCUAUUGGGAGCCGUGUUCUUCAUGUUCGAAAUGCUCCUUCUCCUGCAGCUACUUCAUCCUUAGCUAUUGGUGAAAUCAUUGCUGAUGAAGCAGAGAAGAAAUUUAAGUUGUAAUAUUUUACAUGUUUAUGUUUUACAAAAUGUUGAUAAAUUAUGCACAACCAAAUAUGGCAAUAACUUAGUACAUCAGAUGAAUAUCUGAAUUUCUUGUUAUUGGGUGUGCUUUCUCUUACCCUUCUACACCAUUGAGUCCUCCUGAAGACUGUUGCACUGAAAUUCAUUACUCAGACUUUUAUUUAUGAAUUUAAUCAAAGGAGGCAGCUCUUCUCCAGCCCAGUUCAGAUGUGCCUUAUUUGCAUUUGUGAAAGAUUCCAAUAGCUAAUUAUUAACAAAGAAUUAUAUUAACUUAAACUGCUACAAAUUGAAAUAACCAUAAAACUUUGUAUGAAAAUAAAUUUUACAAAACAUAUUUCAAGCUA